UCACAGAAGCGUCUUACGUUGACCUGCUGCCGUGUUACGUUCUGUUCUCUUGUGAACAGCUGCACCAGUCCAAACUGGAAAAAGUGGGAAUUUAAACCAACAUCACUCGGCGACAAACGCAGAAGCUUAGCGGACCAGCCUUCAAUGCCCACAAGACCAGCUGACUGGGACACAAAACAACACUUGGUGAACCACAGUAACUUCUUCGGAGCUGAACCGACCUGGCAACCUGAAAUGUCUGCUGAACAACUGAGCCAACAGAACCUUCAAACCGAGCAGACUCAAGAACUACUCUAUGUAAGAUGAACGCUGAGGACAAGUUGGAGGGUAUGCUGCUGAAGUGCAGCAGUGGUGGAAUAGAUGGAGGUGGGAGAGGGCUGCCCAGCGGAGGAGGACUGGUGGUGAUGACUCUGGGGGAACGAUCAUUGGUGAACCACCCUCUCUUGGCUGAGGAUGAUGACGAUGAAGAUGAUGAUGAGGACUUGACUGGGAGUUCACUGGUUACUCAUGACCUGGUCCCCCCGGAGCAGCUGAUGAUGCAGGAGGAGAUGACAAAAAAUGGUGGAGGAGGAGAAGAGGAGGGAGGAGGCGAGGUGGGAGUGCAUUUCCCCCUAAAACUCACCAAUAAGUUACCCUGCUUGCUUCAUAUGCCAUUGAGCAUCAAGCAGGAACUGAAGCUGUCCGAGCCAGCAGCCCAGAUAAAGAAGGACAAAAAAGCAGUUAAGGACCUGAUGGUGUGUCCCAAGAAGAAGAAAAGGAAACAGCGCUCACCAGCAAAGAUUCUCAGCAUCAAUGAUGACGGAUCACUGGGCAUUCAAAAUCCCAAGUGUCACAUCUGUGUUCACUGUAAUGCUGCAUUCAGAACCAACUAUCAUCUGCAGAGGCACGUCUUCAUUCACACUGGUGAGAAGCCGUUUCAGUGCAGCCAGUGUGACAUGCGCUUUAUUCAGAAAUAUCUCCUACAGAGACAUGAGAAGAUCCAUACUGGUGAAAAGCCUUUUCGCUGUGAUGAGUGUGGGAUGAGGUUCAUUCAGAAGUAUCACAUGGAGAGACACAAGAGAACUCACAGUGGAGAGAAGCCCUAUCAAUGUGACUACUGUCACCAGUACUUCUCCAGAACAGACAGGGUUUUAAAGCACAGACGAAUGUGUCACGAGAACAGAGAGAGAAAGACCAACAAGGCUGCUGGUAAAGUUGGACCUUUGCGUGAAACAGAUUCCUUAGGCCUCCCUUUUCUUGCCAAAGAGUGUUCACUGCCCAAGAAAAAGCGCCAGAAGUGUGCAGACAAGAAUUCAGGCGCAUCCACCGCUGCCCAGACAGAAGGGCACACUGUCACUGUUGUAGAAACGGAGGAGAAGGAGGAGCAGAGACAGAAUAAAAUUGAAGGUCUACCUCUCUAUGCCGUGUCCUCCAAAGUCAAACAUGAGUAUGUCAUUACUGACUACUCUGUGGAACUUCCUGAAGAAACACCUAGCCAACACCAAGAAGCAGAAGUGUCAUCAGAGGAGACGACUCCUCCUAAGCUAGUCCUGAAGAAGGUCCCCAAGAGGGGUCUUAAACAGUCCAAUGAACAAACUCCUCCCUGCCUGUCCACUUUGUCUUCCUUUGAGGAAAAUAGUAAGGUCACCCAGUAUGCCUUUGAAAUCGUGGACAAGCAAAGCCUGUUGGAAGUAGAAAGCAACACUGAACUCGAAUCAGUUGAAACUCUUCAAGGAGGACCAACAAAGCCAGCAGCCAGCAGCACAAACUACGACGAUGCCAUGCAGUUCCUCAAGAAGAAACGUUACCUUCAGGCUGCAAUGGCCAACAACAGUCGGGAUUAUGGCCUGAACACGAGCAGCAUCUCUUCUCAGCCACCUGUUACGCAAACUGUGGUGUCAACCGUCAUUGACGAAACUGUCCCUGCCACCAUUCUGGAGCCCCAGCCAAUCAACACAGAGAUUAAGUCAACUCAUGACAAAAAUGUGCUGCCAGAUGAAGUUCUUCAGACGCUGUUGGAUCACUACUCCAACAAAGCUAAUGGGCAAUCAGACAUUUCUUUUAGCGUGGCUGACACAGAGGUGACAUCAAGCAUAUCCAUUAAUUCUUCUGAUGUUUCAGACAGCAGCCCUGUGGAGAGUCUCGGGGCCUCUAGCGCCCAGGCUCAACCAGCUACUGAGAAGGUCAGCCUCUUACAAGAAUACUCCAAGUUUCUCCAACAAGCACUGGAGAGGACCAGCCAGAAUGACAGCUACCUGACCAGCCAGAGCCUCAGCUUGGUCUCUGAAAACCCCACGUUAGCUGGACAGCCUCUGUUCUCCACAGAAAAACAGUUUCCUUCCCCCAGCAGGUUCAAAUCAGGGAUGAGCUCUCCGCUAAGGUCCACUUUAGAGAAACCUCACUUUGGAUUGCUGGUUGGGGACUCCCAGCACUCGUUUUCAUUUUCAGGUGAUGACACCACCCCUCCCUCCGCAGUGUCCCCAGCUGAGGAGGACUUUCUGGAGCAGGUCUCACCCUCCAAAAAGACAGACACUUCACAGGGAAUACUGCAAACUUUUCAAAUAAGCUCCUUCGAUCAGAACUUCAAAUCUCAUUUCCAGGCAUCAAGAUCUGGGUCAUCUUCACAGUUUACUGUUGCCAACGGACAAGUAAGUCUCAGAGGACACAGCACAGACUUCUCAGAGUUCCCCUUAGUCAGAGUCACUGAGACCAGGUCUCAACUGAACUCCUCCCCUGAUGUUUCAUCCAGUGAAACAUUUGGCUGAAGGGAUGGGGGUCAGGCAUUUCUGUUAAUAAUUUCAGCUGCACUUUAUCUCCUGUUUCCUGUUUUGCCAAAAUAAGUUCCAUUGCAAGUGUGUGUGCUUUCUCAAAGCAUUUUGUUAGAAAACAUAUUCAUGUUCUGUUUUUUGUUAAGUUCAGCCUCAAAGAAGGAAAGUACUGAAAAUUGAUAAAUCAUAAUUAGCAUUUCCCCUUUAAAAAAUUGAAAUUGUUCAAGGGAAUAUUUCUUGCUCCAGAAUGUACAUUAAGAGAUUAGUGAAAUAUUCUCUCAAACCAUUGCCAUGGAGUUUAUUUUGAAUGUUUUUGUCAAUCAGUUUGCCUUGCUCAGAAGAUGAUCAAAUCACUCUUGCUGCUUCAUGCGAUUUUUCCACUUAUUAAAAUGUAGGCCCUAUCUAUGUAUGCCUUUUUGCUCUUUCUGUAGCUACCUCCCCUUGCUGUUUAUCUGGUUAAAUGUAAGUUUGCCCUAGUGUCACUCUAUCCCAGCUGUGUAACUCCCGUUAAAUUGCUCACUGAAAUGAAACCAUGGUUAGCUAAUUGAUUCUUCACUAUAUGUUGAAGUCACUUUAUUCUCACCUAAAAUAGGUGUUUCUAGAAAUGUGUAAUGAAUGCUACAGAAAAGAUUUAACAGAUGGUGUGUGUCUGAUCAGGAAUCUAGUUUGUGUGAUUGGGCCUCAUUUGGCUGCCAAAAAAAAGAAAUUAUAGUUCUCAUUCAUAAACUGUUUAACAUUGUGUGAGUUAAUGUACUCCCUUCCUGGCUGGAUUUCUUGGCACUGAUUUUACAAAUGUGAGUCUAGCACAGUAUAGGCUGUGUAAUAAAAAGGCUGGGAUAUAUCAGAUAUAAAACUUUUUCUACCCCUAAAAGAUGUGGGUACCUAAUAGCUGCACACAUGUAAUGAGUGCAGGAUAAUCCUUAUUUUCUUAGUUUAAGUGAGUUGUAGUGAAAUAACUUAACAGGAUUGUGCUUAAUGUUUGCACAACUUGCACAUUCUUCACCACAAGGAAUGUAGUACUUAACUCUCACAGUGGAUGAAUUGCAUAAUACCUUUACUUAAAAGGAAACUUUUUGUUAAAUGCGAUUUCUGACACUGACCAUUUAGUGAAAACCCUGGUGUCAGAUUUGCUUAUAUGAAAUUACAGAUGAUCCUCUUUGCUUUAGUCACUCGUAAUGAUGUAGCUCUUGUAGCUGCAGUUUCGUCAUUGUUCCUCUUGGAGUAUGUACAGGUUUUUUUUGGAGAACAAAACAAAACCAUGUGAUGAGAACCCUUUGUAUUCAUUGAAGGUCAAAGUUUUAUUAAGGCUAUAUUAUGAAAUCUACAGUGCAUGUGGAAAUAAGGUGUUUGGUUUUUGAGUUUCAUUAGUUUUGCAUCUGUGCCUUUGUUUUGUUUUUUUAAUUCCAGCCUUCCUAUACUCAUUCCUUUAUAUGUAUUUCUUUUUACUCAGCCAAUGCUCUAAGGCUACUUGUUCAACUUGCACAAUAACAACAAACACAUAAGCUAUCAACCUAUUCAGUCUGUAAUACAUUGAGAUAUGGGAGCUUCAUUUUAUUUUGCCCAUUUCAUUUUACUAUGUUAGAAUUUAAGCAAGAAAUACCACACAGUUUAAUUCUCAACCUGUUAUCUUUGGUUGGAAGGAAAUUGCAUUUUCAAGUACUGUGCUACACAAUGUCUAUAUGAAUAUAGACUCAUGCUUUAGAUACUUGUAGUUUUGCUAAUGAUCACAUAUUUGCUACAAUUCAGUCAUAGCCACAUCUGUCCAGGCUUUGUUGAAACAUUGUGGAUUUAAAUGGUUGAUUGAGGUCUCCUCUGUACUUUAUCACACUGUUGACUGGUUUCCAUGUGCACUAGUACGUGUAUCGUCUUAGGUGCUAUUGUGUUGAACACUGCUCCAUCAUCAAAUUUAGCUUUGCUCCACCUAAGCUCCCUCUUGUUACAUUUCUACUGACAAUCAGGGACAGACAGCACCCACGUUAAUCAUCAAAUACUUUAUUUUUCCUCAUUGAACAUUCCCUGUAGAAUGUAUAGACAAUAUCCUGCUGUAAAUACAUUGUAUAUUUUUAUGUUCUGAGAAGUACUGUUAGAUCUUUGUGUCAAUAGAGAGACAAGGCUUGUGCAAGAGACACUUUUUGUCAGUGGAAGGCACAUUUAUUAGUUUUCCAGCAUUUAUUAGAUUCAACAACGAAUCCUUUUCACUUGUUGAAAAGCUGUGGGUUUCUGAGGUUUCCAUAUAUACAGUAUAUUGCCACUGUUAUCAGAGGAAAAUUGACACUUUUUACAGUUUUAUUGCUGAUUGGUUAAACUGAUUUUUUUUUGUAAGUUAAUGCAGUUGAUUGUGCAUUAUGAUGGGUUUUACUGUAUACACCUGUAAUGAAAAGCCCCCAGAAAAUGUUCAUUUAAGUUUAAAGUAAUACUCCACUUGAAAUCAGUCUUUUUUUGUAUUGAGUAUUUAACCUCAACAGCUGUGACAGCUUGAAUUCAUGUCAAUUCAAACAGAGUUUGGGUGGAAUAUUACAUAAAAUACUGGCUCCGUGGUUGAAAUGUUAUUCUGUCAACCCAUUUCAUUGUGAGCAAUUUUUAGAAGCACAGUGCAGAUGAGUAAUUCUGCUUUGGUAAAUCGUAUCCCAUAAAUUGUUCUUGAAGAGUUUUGAAUUCAGUCACACAAUUUAAAAUGCAAAACUGUUGACGGAGAUUCAUGAAUUAUAUGAGCAGUACUAUGGUAUUUUUUUCCAUUUAAUUAACUAUUGUCAGUAACCUGGCCAUAAGUGUCCUUGUAUAAGCUAGAGAAAAAAAAAUGUUUGUUUUGUGUAAAAAGAUCUGAAUUAUGAAUUUUUUGAUAAAAACUAUUUUUGAAACAUGUCAUUUAAGGCACUGAUAUGGACAGUAUAUCAUAUGCAGUCACUAUUGCUACCCUCAUUUAUCAUUGUACAAGUCGUUUGUGUCAAGAUGUUUCAAAUACGGAUGAGAAGCCUCUUCAUGAGUGUGACUGGCAUUUUCAUACUUUUAAUGAACUUCACUGUGGGGGUUGAUCUUAAGUUAGACUGUAAGGUUUAUUUGCAUGGUCUCUAACUUGUUGGGUCGAGUGAACUUGUUUUAUGAAUAAUGUGCAGCUUUAAUUGUGAUCAAUUAAUUUCAGUCAAGUAACCCAUAUGAUUAGAUUUUUUGCAAUAUAUUAUGAUUUGUAAACAAUCAGAUUAAAUUGUUGUUUUGAUUGUUGUGUCAUGUCCUUAUAAAUAAAAUAAUUCACAGUAUGUGACCUUGAAUUGUUAUUGACAUGCAAAGGCCAUUUAUCUGCUGGUGCUGCUCACUGUGUGUUAUCAUUUACUGUAUAUUGCAUUCAUGCUGACGCAGAAAUUGUCAUGAAAAUGUCUAGGUAUGUUGAUUGUUUUUUAACUUUCACAGUUUUUAAACAGCCCUCUGCAAAAAUGAGGGAAAGUGUAGGUUAUGUAAUGAUUAUUUUCAUUAUUCAUUCAUCUUUCUUUAUUAGUCAUUUAGUCAUGGUUGGUGUUUUGGAUUGAAAAUAAUACUUAAUUUAUUAAAAAAAAAAAGUCAUACAUGUUUUGUAAAUCUGCUAAUGGGUUAAUCAGCUAAUUGUAAAAAUAGCACAAGAAAACUUCUUAGUUUGCUGUAAAAUUCUCCAAGUGUCCACCGCUACCAAGCUCCUAUCACUUAAAGUUUGUAAAGAUAUUAAAAGAUAACUCCACAAAUGUACUCUCAGGUUUUGUCAUCGAGUCACUUUCUCUAUCACUUUAUGUUGUUAAGUGUUAAGUAUUGUUGACUGGCAGAAAUGAGACACAAUCAUCCUUUUGCGGGCCUAUAAAUACCCUCGUAGUCCAACACAUCU